AUGGCCCAACCCGGUCGCUUCCCGGCGAAGCUGUCGCCCAUGUUUGCGCCGGGUCCCAAGGUGGAGGAGGUCAGUGCCGCAGGCCGCGCCCACCACACCCUCCCGGGCCGCACACUCGCUGCACUGGCGGAGCCCUCGGGGUGCAACACCUCCCCCAUGCCAGCCCCCACACCCGACUAUGAAGGGGAGCACCCACUCUGCAAUGCGGUGAGUGCCUCAGCCACGCUGAUGAGCACCCAGCGCUCCCCGCUGCGGCCGCGCAACCGUGCCGGGGACGAAACGCCCACAAGCCCCCUGCUCCCCGGAGCUGCCGCCGCGCCCGUCCGGACCAGCAUGGACUUUGAGGCCGCCGAGGCGCUGGCCUGGCUGGCCAACGGCAAGCAGACCGCCGCGCAGGCGGGGCCAGACGGCGCCGUGGGCGUCGAGCAGCGGCAGCCCGACCCCGCCUCCAGGCCGGCCUGGGAGGGGGCGGGGCCCGGGGGCGCACUGGGAAGGGUGGAUGGCCAGGGCAUGCCCGGCGUGCCCCACCGCCGCCUCUCCUACGAGGACGACGCCCGCAAGCGCAUGGGAUCAAUGGCGGAGCCCAGCAUGGGCGAGGAUGGCGGGGACGCCCGGUGUCCCAAGACCUACAGCCUUUCGUCGCGCGUCGGCCAGGCCGCACUUUCCAUCCUGGAGUACGUCACCAUUCACGAGGUCUCCUACCGCUCGGCCGGCAUGCGGGGCGUGCCGGAGCGCGUGCUCAGGCAAGAGUUUGGGAACAACCCCGACACCUCCAAGGCGCUGCGCUGCCUGGUCACCGAGGGGGAGCUGCAGCGGGAGGGACGCGGCGGGAGGAAGGACCCCUUCAGCUACACGCACGCGGUGCUGAACGCCUACUUCUCGGCCGCGGUGGCGCGCCAGCGCGCGCAACAGGCCGCCGCGGCGGAGGCGCACCACGCCGCCUGGAUGCACCCCUCGGCGCUGCCGCCCUCCUUUCUGCACGCCGGCGGCGUGGCCAUGCCCACCGUGCCCCACCACGGCGCGCAGCGGCCGCCCGCCGACGGGCAGGCCGUGCACAAGGCGCUGCCCAGGGUCAACCCCUACCUCGCCGCGCAGCUGAACCCCUUUUUUGAGGAGCCGACACUGCGGGCCCGACACCCCCGGCGAAACUCCCUGUACCAGUCCUGCGACUGCUGCCUGUCCAGGAACCCGUCUGUAAAUCUAGGUGGACUUCGAGGCAAUCUCACAUGA